AUGCAGGCAUCCGAAUUAGUACUCAUGCUCAACGCUAUUGUGAAUGGAUUUGAUGCAUUGACCGAAAAGUAUGAGAUUGAAAAGAUAAAGACCAUUGGAGAUGCCUAUUUUUGUGUAGGAGGUUUGCAUAAUUCACAAAUGGCAAGUCAUCACACAGCAGAUCAUCCUGAACGCGUGUUAAGGUUUGCCAUUGACACAUUUGGAGUCAUUCACCACUAUAACACUCAUAAAAAGGUGGAAAAUCAAGAAGAUAUUGGAAUCAGAAUUGGUAUCAAUAGCGGACCCAUUGUGGCAGGAGUGAUUGGAAAGAAAAAGUUUGCCUAUGAUUUAUGGGGUGACACUGUCAAUUUUGCAUCACGAAUGGAAUCCACAUCCCUGUCAAACAGAAUUCAAAUAUCCAGAUCAACCUAUGAGAGAGUAUAUGAUCUUGGAUUAGAGUUUGAGGAACGUGAGGUCGAUGUUAAAGGAAAAGGAUUGAUUAAGGCGUAUUUAGUCAAUGACAAACACCACAAGCAAGUAGAAGUCGCUGAAUCCAUCAUGGAUAACCACAAUGAUUUGAGUAACUUGAGAGAAUCAGUGUCCCUUCCAAGCAACGAUGAUGAUACCAUACCACUAACCUUGGAAUAUUCGAAUCAAGAAUAG